CGAGGACCAUUUCUGCCCGUCCACAAUUCACAGCCCUCAUUCAAUUCACUCUCUCACCGCACUCUCAAUCAACCACAAUAGCCACCUGGCAGGUCAGUUGGCUGCUGCUAUUGUUGGCGGUGACCCAUUUACGCAAAUUUUCCCAAUUUCCCUUGUUCAAACUUCUCUUCUUCCCACAGCGUCGUUUCUUUCAGCCAUCUGCAACUAGUUCCUCCACCAUCGGUCCCCCUCAACUCGAGCCACAAUGGCGGACAAAUUGACGAGAAUUGCAAUUGUCAAUAGCGACAAGUGCAAGCCAAAGAAAUGCCGUCAAGAAUGCAAGAAAUCAUGCCCUGUUGUCCGAACCGGCAAACUGUGCAUCGAAGUCACCCCCGAGUCCAAAAUCGCAUACAUCUCGGAAAUGCUGUGCAUCGGCUGCGGUAUCUGCCCCAAGAAAUGCCCGUUUGGUGCCAUUCAUAUCAUCAAUCUGCCAACAAAUCUUGAAACCCAAGUCACCCACCGAUAUUCGGCAAACAGCUUCAAGUUGCACAGACUGCCUAUGCCACGGCCUGGUCAGGUUUUGGGAUUGGUGGGGACAAACGGUAUCGGAAAGAGUACAGCCUUGAAGAUUCUCAGUGGCAAGUUGAAACCCAACUUGGGGCGAUAUGACAACCCACCGGAUUGGGAAGAGAUCCUGAGAUACUUCCGUGGAUCUGAAUUGCAGAACUACUUCACAAAAGUACUCGAAGACAAUCUCAAAGCCAUCGUCAAGCCACAAUAUGUGGAUCAACUCCCACGCGCCAUCAAGGGCCCAGUGAAGACAGUCAAGCCGCUCAUUGAAGCCAAGUCCGAAUUGGGCAAUCUCAACCACAUCAUGGAUGUGCUCGAGCUGAAUGCUGUUUCCGACCGAGAGAUUGGUCUUCUCUCUGGUGGAGAGUUGCAGCGGUUUGCUAUUGCCCUCGUUUGCGUCCAAAAGGCGGAUGUCUACAUGUUUGAUGAACCCUCGUCAUACCUUGAUGUCAAACAACGUCUCAGCGCCGCCAGGACCAUUCGCGAACUGCUCAGACCCGAUGACUAUGUUAUUGUCGUCGAACACGAUCUGUCAGUCCUUGACUAUCUGUCCGAUUUCAUCUGUGUCCUCUACGGUAGACCUGCUGUGUAUGGAGUGGUUACUCUUCCUGCCUCGGUUCGGGAAGGCAUCAACAUCUUCCUUGAUGGCAACAUACCCACCGAGAACUUGCGUUUCCGUGAGGAAAGCCUGACCUUCCGCAUCGCCGAAGCCGGUGAGGACUAUAUGGUCGACAAAGCCCGUGCCUUUGAAUACCCCUCGAUGGAGAAGACUCUCGGCUCGUUCCAUUUGAAGAUCCAAAAGGGAAAGUUCACCGACUCCGAAAUCAUUGUCAUGAUGGGCGAGAAUGGUACUGGCAAAACGACCUUCUGCAAGUUGCUCGCUGGCGUGGAGAAGCCCGAUGGCACUCAGAAGGUCCCCGCCAUGAACAUUUCGAUGAAACCGCAAAAGAUCACUCCCAAGUUCCAGGGCACUGUCCGCCAGCUUUUCUUCAAGCGAAUCAAGGCCUCCUUCUUGAACCCGCAGUUCCAGACUGAUGUCUACAAGCCUCUCAAGAUCGACGACUUCAUCGACCAGGAAGUGCAGAACCUGUCUGGGGGUGAGUUGCAACGUGUGGCGAUUGUCUUGGCACUCGGUCUUCCGGCAGACAUCUACUUGAUCGAUGAGCCUUCCGCCUACCUGGAUUCCGAGCAACGUAUCAUCGCCGCGCGUGUGAUCAAACGCUUCAUCAUGCACAGCAAGAAAACGGCCUUCGUUGUCGAACACGACUUCAUCAUGGCCACCUACCUUGCCGAUCGUGUCAUCGUGUUUGACGGCAAACCUUCCGUGGACGCCCGUGCCAACACCCCGGAAUCCCUGCUGACCGGCUGCAACAAGUUCCUCAAGAACUUGGAUGUCACCUUCCGCCGGGACCCCAACUCGUACCGUCCACGUAUCAAUAAGUACCAAUCCCAAUUGGACCAAGAGCAGAAACUAUCCGGGAACUACUUCUUCCUGGAGGAAACGAGUUGAAAUUUUCCUUGAACAUUCGCGAAGGGCAUCUUCAAGAAUGAACGCGAUCAUCGACGCAAUGAUCGUCAUGACGAACACCACGAGCAUGAACGCCAGCACCAGCAUCACGAGAAUAAGAAUGACGAAUGUAACGAACCUUUCGACGCCGGGGCGGCCUCAAGGCUGAAAAGCACGGGUAAAAGUGCCAAAAAGCGCCGAGGUGGAGUCGUCGUCUCGGACGAUGACGAGGCUGAGGACCAUGACAAUGAGGACGAGGCUGACUGUAGGUGGUUGCGGCGGCGGAACACGACUUGUUGGGUUGUGUGCUUCUCGCCAUGUACCGGCUGUCUCAGAGGCCUCUUGGCUGCUUUGAUGGGUCAAAAUCGAGAUCGAGUCGGUCAUCACUUACGAGAAGCACAGCUCUGAGUCCAGCUUGGAUCGGCCACCGCCGAUCGGACUAGCCAUCGACAUGUGGUAUCCUGGGUUGCUUUACCAAAAUCCACUUGGCGUCCAACGUCCGACAUGAAGUUGUAACGGCUCCGACAGAGCAUGGAAGACCGAAAGGGUCAACGUAAGGGUGAGGUCGGCUACGGCGAAGAAACGUCUCCUGCCCGCCGGACCAGAGGGAGGAGGAAGCGUCCUGGCUUUCAUUGGGAAACUGGGACAGAAGAGUAUAUUACAGGAUCGCCAUCAUUCGAAACACGAAGGGAAGAUCGGUGCAGUAGUGAGAGAUAAAGCGGCGGCUUCGUGUUGCAGGGGAUUGGAUUGACCCGUAGUCAUUCAUUCACUCGUCCAGACGGACGCCAGACGGAUACGAACAAAUAUCUAUCGCUUCCAGAAAAGGGUACCUUGAUCUCUCAGCGUCCCUGCCUUGGACGUUUCCCUUUUCGUGCGUCAGUACUGCGCCCAAUUCCUCGCCUGUGCUAUAUAUCGUGGGUGAUGGUGGUGGUGGUUGUCCUCUGGACGCUCAUGCCUGGAUCCCCGGACCCCUACCCCUCGAUCCCAAAGUUCCCCAGUUCCCAACCGCCCGACCGAUCCAUUACAC